UUUGAACACUGUCCUCUUCCCUCUCAGACGCAGCUAGUUGCCUGGCCUGGGGUCACCACCGGAACCUCCUGGAGACCUGCCCUGCGGAGGACGCCCUUCCAGCACAGGAGAGUUCGCCACUUGGGAGCGGCGGCGCCCAGUUGGCGCCCACCCCGGGGCACACUGCAGUCAAUGCCUGGCAGCGACUUCUCGUUUCGCCCUCCGCCUCCCCCAUCGACCCUCUGCGGCCGACCUUUACGCCCAACUCGGGCGCGCUGCGAGCCUCGCGUCCUCGCCGUCCACGCGGGGCCCCACCCCUUCCCGGUUCCAGCCCGCGAUCGGGCCGGAGGCGAGGUGAAUGGGAAGAUGGAGAUGGAUGUUGAGGGAGUUUCUCCGCGCCCGGAGCCCAUCCCCCGCUCCCAGGGGGCUGGCGGAGCCUGCCAGGCGCCGCCACAGCCGCCCCAGCCCCAGCCCCAGCCGCCGCCGCCGCCGCAGCAGCAGCAGCUGGCUCAGGAUGAAGUGCCCGGCGAGAGUGCAGGCGCGGAGGACAGCGACGAUCCCGAGGCGAGACCCAACAGCGAGAAAGGAGACAGCAAGAGACCCUCGGCCAGCAAGUCUUCGGGUGCUCCGUCCUAUAGCAGAUGGUCCAGUUCACAGCCACAUCAGUCUAGCUCCACAGUGAGAGCCUAUCAGACUAGUAAGUCACGAGUGACCAUGAGCCCUGGCUUCAGCUCUCAGUGGAACAGCAGCCAACCAGCCUGGAACACGUACUCCUUUCCAAGAGCAAGCUUACAUUAUCAGUCCCAUGCCAGCUACACCUACUGUACUGGACAUCCUACUCGAGAAUAUGCUGCUGUUGAGUAA